CUAUGUUGAAGAACAAAACACACUUCUUCUCCAUUUCCUUUGAGAGAGAAAAGUAAGGGACUUUGAGAGAUUUUGAGUGCUAUUCUGGCUGCACACCACUCUCACUCACCAAUCAAACAUGUCUAUUGGGUAUGCCGAGAAGCUUUCCUACAUAGAAGAUGUGGGCAACGUUGGAAUGGCCGAACAUUUCGACCCAUCUCACGUUUUGAGAGAAAAGAUAGAUCAACUCGCUAUCAUGAUAAAAAAGAGCAAGCAUCUAGUGGUGUUUACAGGCGCAGGAAUAUCAACUUCUUGUGGUAUACCUGAUUUCCGAGGUCCCAAGGGAAUUUGGACGCUUCAGCGAGAAGGGAAAGCCUUGCCUGAAGCAUCUCUGCCAUUUCAUCGUGCAGUGCCAAGCUUGACUCACAUGGCUCUGGUUGAAUUAGAAAAGGCUGGUAUUUUGAAGUUCGUUAUCAGUCAGAAUGUUGAUGGUCUCCAUCUUCGGUCUGGAAUACCAAGGGAGAAACUAGCUGAAUUGCAUGGGAAUUCCUUCAUGGAAAUUUGUCCUUCUUGUGGAACUGAGUACUUUCGUGAUUUUGAGGUAGAAACUAUUGGUUUAAAGGAGACAUCACGGCGCUGUGUUGAUGUAAAAUGUGGGACAAGGCUUAAGGAUACUGUCCUUGAUUGGGAGGAUGCAUUGCCUCCAAAGGAGAUGAAUCCUGCUGAGAAGCACUGCAAACAGGCAGAUAUUGUGUUAUGUUUGGGGACGAGUUUACAAAUAACUCCAGCAUGCAACUUGCCUCUGAAAGCACUUCGUGGUGGGGGUAAAGUUGUCAUUGUAAAUCUCCAGAAAACUCCAAAGGACAAGAAAGCCAGUUUAGUCAUACAUGGAUUUGUAGAUAAGGUAAUUGCAGGUGUCAUGGACCAGCUUAAUCUUCAGAUUCCUCCAUUUAUCAGGAUUGAUCUUUUCCAGAUUAUUCUGGUGCAAGCUUUGAGCAACGAUAAAAGAUAUGUGAACUGGACUCUCCAGGUUGCAAGUGCUCAUGGACAAAGAGCUGCAUUGCCUUUCAUCAAGUCUGUUGAGGUCUCCUUCUUAGACAGGGAAGAUUACAAAGCAGCCAGUCUGGAUAAGCAACCAUUUCGGCUUAAAAGGAGAACAGCGUAUAACAAGGCAUUUGAAAUGGUUCUGAAACUCAACUUUAGUGAUGGCUGUGGUUGCUCGUCCCACGAAAUUGAUGUCCCAGUUGAUUUUAAGGUUUCAACUGAUUGCUUUGACUUUGAUAAGGACUUCAUAUUCCAAAAGCUGAGAGACAAGGCAAUUCUUGAAUCAAAAUGUGGUCAGAAUGCUGUUAUCGAGAGAAAGACCAUCUUGACACCUAGAAGUGAUGUCACUACCUAUGCCAUUGUCACCAAUGCUAUUCAAUACAGCAAAACAUGUAAAUCAGUCCCUGAUUCUCUCAGUAAUGGUGAUCUUAAGAAAAGAAAAUCAAGCGUGACCGGUACAGGAUCGUCUAGGAAGCGUUCAAAAGGAAAAAGAAAAAGAAAAGAAGUCACAAAAGAAACUAAAAACAGAAAUGCUUAGCUAUUGC